UAGUCCUGGCCCCCGGCUUUCAAAAAUGGCUUAAUUUGCCUGCCACCACCGAAAAACCUCCUUCAAGAACCCUAUUACUGUGAGAAAUCUACUCUUUUACUUCAGAGGAACUGCUCCAAGAACACACCUCUGUCUCUCCAUCUCUCGCGCGCUCUCCACUGCUCCAAUUCAAAUUUCGAUCCGAAUUCCAAGCCCAAGCCCAAGCUUCUAAAAAGCUCUCCUGAAACCCUAGGGCUUUUCAGUUAAAUCUCAAUCCCUACUUUCUAUCUUAGGGUUUUGUUUUUCUUCUUGGUCUUUCACAACGAAAUGCUGUGGGAAGAGGAGAUUGUGCUUCGAGACGUGACGAAUGCUGGUCUCGUUGUGAGCGACCGCAUUGGGCGUGAGGUUGCGGCUCAGCUUGACCUUGAAGAGGCCCUUGAAGCUUCCAGAUAUGCCAGCCAUCCCUAUUCUACUCACCCCAGAGAGUGGCCUCCUUUAAUUGAGUUGGUGGAUACUUGGGAGUUGCCUCCUGUACUUAUUGAAAGAUACAAUGCAGCUGGUGGAGAAGGGACGGCUUUAUGUGGAAUAUUUCCUGAGAUACGCAGGGCAUGGGCAUCGGUUGAUAAUUUCCUGUUUCUAUGGAGAUUUGAUAAGUGGGAUGGACAGUGUCUUGAAUACAGUGUGGAAGAACAAGCCAUUUGUGCUGUAGGCCUUGCCAAAUCUAAAGCUGGUGUUUUUGUUGAAGCAAUUCAGUAUCUUUUAGUUUUAGCCACUCCUGUUGAGCUGAUUCUUGUAGGAUUAUGCUGUUCGGGUGGUGGUGAUGGUACUGAUCCAUAUGCAGAAGUUUCGCUACAGCCUUUGCCAGAGUACACAGUCCCAUCUGAUGGGGUUACUAUGACUUGUAUUGCAUGUACUGAUAAGGGUCGCAUCUUCUUGGCUGGGCGCGAUGGCCAUAUUUAUGAGUUGCAUUACACAACUGGUUCUGGAUGGCAUAAAAGAUGUCGUAAGGUUUGCCUCACUGCAGGAUUGGGUAGUGUCAUCUCAAGGUGGGUUGUACCAAAUGUAUUUAAGUUUGGAGCCACUGAUCCCAUUGUUGAAAUGGUUUUUGAUAGUGAAAGACAGAUUCUGUAUGCAAGAACUGAAGAGAUGAAACUUCAGGUUUUCCUUCUAGGACCAAAUGGAGAUGGGCCAUUGAAGAAAGUUACAGAAGAAAGAAAUUUGUUCAGUCACAAGGAUGUACAUUAUGCAGGUAGACAGUCAGCAGGACCAAGAGCCCCUAACAGAUCUGUGAAGCCAUCUAUUGUUUGCAUCUCACCUUUAUCCACACUGGAAUCUAAGUGGUUGCACCUUGUUGCUGUUUUAUCAGAUGGCAGAAGGAUGUACAUUUCCACUUCUCCAUCUAGUGGCAGUAAUGGUACCGUUGGAGGUUUGGGUCGAUUCAAUAUUAAUCAUCAGAGACCAAACUGUUUAAAAGUUGUAACAACUAGGCCUUCUCCUCCUAUAGGGGUCAGCGGUGGACUCACUUUUGGAGCCAUAUCUCUUGCCAGUAGAACUCCAAAUGAGGAUCUCGCACUAAAGGUUGAAACAGCAUAUUAUUCUGCUGGAACUCUUGUCCUUUCUGAUUCCUCACCCCCAACCAUGUCUUCUCUAGUCAUUGUGAAUAGGGACUCAAGCUUGCAAUCAGGUGCUUUAGGUACUAGCGUGAGGAGUUCUCGAGCUUUACGAGAAAUUGUCUCCUCCCUACCUGUUGAAGGUCGAAUGCUUUUUGUGGCAGAUGUCCUGCCCUUACCAGAUACAGCUGCAACUGUGCAUUCACUGUAUUCAGAAAUUGAUUUUUUCGGAUUUGAAAGUUCAAGGGAGCCCUGUGAAAAGGCAUCUGGAAAACUUUGGGCUAAAGGUGACCUUUCCACCCAGCAUAUACUUCCAAGACGGAAAAUUGUUGUUUUUAGUACUAUGGGAAUGAUGGAAGUAGUUUUUAAUAGGCCUGUGGACAUUCUGAGAAGGCUGUUUGAGGCUAACUCACCUAGAUCAAUCUUGGAAGAUUUCUUCAAUCGUUAUGGAGCUGGUGAGGCAGCUGCAAUGUGCUUAUUGUUAGCUGCAAGGAUAGUUCAUUCUGAAACUCUUAUAAGUAAUGCUGUUGCUGAGAAGGCAGCAGAAACAUAUGAGGAUCCAAGAGUUGUUGGAAUGCCACAACUUGAAGGUAUUAAUGCACUAUCAAACACUAGAACAACAACCGGGGGUUUUAGCAUGGGGCAGGUUGUUCAGGAGGCAGAGCCUGUAUUUUCAGGUGCACAUGAAGGGCUUUGCCUGUGCACAUCAAGGUUACUUUUCCCUCUCUGGGAACUCCCUGUCUUUGUCGCCAGAGGUACAUCUGAUGUGACAUCUGAAAGUGGAGUAGUAACAUGCAGACUCUCUGUUGGGGCUCUUCAGGUUAUUGAAAAUAAGAUUCGUUCUUUAGAGAAGUUCUUAAGAUCCAGAAGAAAUCAGAGAAGGGGGCUUUAUGGCUGUGUAGCUGGUUUAGGGGAUGUGACCGGUUCUAUAUUGUAUGGAACUGGUUCAGACUUAGGUAAUGGUGACAGAAGUAUGGUGAGAAGCUUAUUUGGCGCUUAUUCGCGGAAUGUUGAGUCUAGUGCUGGUGCUACAUCAAAUAAACGGCAACGAUUACCUUAUAGUCCUGCAGAAUUGGCUGCCAUGGAGGUCAGAGCAAUGGAGUGUAUCAGGCAAUUGCUUCUUAGAUCUGGUGAAGCAUUGUUUCUGCUACAGCUUCUUUCCCAGCAUCAUGUGGCACGGUUGGUUCAAGGGUUUGAUGCAAAUUUACUACAAGCACUAGUUCAAUUAACAUUCCAUCAACUAGUUUGUUCUGAGGAAGGUGAUCGUAUUGCUACAAUGCUAAUAUCUGCACUAAUGGAGUAUUAUACUGGUCCUGAUGGCAGAGGAACGGUAGAUGAUAUAAGUGGGAGAUUACGGGAGGGAUGUCCAAGCUAUUUCAAGGAGUCAGAUUACAAGUUUUUCUUGGCUGUGGAAUGUCUUGAAAGAGCUGCUGUAACUUCAGACCUUGUGGAGAAGGAGAAUCUUGCUAGAGAGGCCUUCAAUUUUUUAAGUAAAGUUCCAGAGUCUGCAGAUUUAAGAACUGUUUGCAAAAGGUUUGAGGAUUUAAGAUUUUAUGAAGCUGUGGUACGCUUGCCUCUGCAGAAGGCACAGGCUCUUGAUCCUGCUGGUGAUGCUUUUAAUGACCAAAUUGAUGAAGCAAUUAGAGAACAUGCAAUAGCUCAGCGUGAAAAGUGCUAUGAGAUAAUUACUAGUGCUUUACGUUCUCUUAGAGUUGAAUCUUUGCAAAUGGAGUUUGGAUCUCCAGUGAGGCCUGCUGCCAUGCGACCAGUGCUUGAUCAGGCUUCUCGAAAGAAAUAUAUCUGCCAAAUUGUUCAACUCAGUGUUCAAUCAUCUGACAGACUGUUUCAUGAGUAUCUGUACCGGACUAUGAUUGAUUUGGGCCUCGAAAAUGAGCUAUUGGAGUAUGGUGGUCCUGAUUUAGUGCCUUUCCUGCAAAAUGCUGGCCGUGAACCAUUGCGGGAGGUAAAGGUCCAAGCUGUUUCUGCUAUAUCUACAACUUCUUCCAUUAGUCAUUCAAAAGCACCCAUCACUUCUAAUCAAGCAAAAUACUUUGAUCUUUUGGCACGGUAUUAUGUCUUGAAGCGGCAGCAUAUGCUUGCAGCUCACAUUUUGCUAAGACUGGCUGAAAGGCGUUCAACUGAUGCAAGAGAUGUUCCCAGUCUUGAACAAAGGCGCCAAUAUCUAAGCAAUGCUGUUAUACAGGCAAAGAAUGCUAGUGAUAAUGGUGGUUUGGUAGGUUCCGCAAGGGGUGCAGGUGCCUUGGACAGUGGGUUGCUAGAUUUGCUUGAAGGGAAGCUUGUGGUUCUUCGGUUUCAAAUAAAAAUAAAAGAGGAACUGGAGGCUAUAGCUUCCACGUUAGAAUCUUCAUCUAGCAUGUCUGAGCCCAUCCAAAAUGGAUCUGUCCCUGACAACAAUGCCAAUGUGGAGUAUGUGAAAGUUGUACGAGAAAAAGCCAAAGAACUAUCAUUGGAUUUAAAAAGCAUAACUCAACUAUAUAAUGAAUAUGCGGUUCCUUUUGAACUCUGGGAGGUAUGUCUUGAGAUGCUUUACUUUGCAAAUUAUUCUGGUGAUGCUGAUAGUAGCAUUGUAAGGGAAACCUGGGCUAGACUAAUAGAUCAAGCUCUUUCAAGUGGUGGCAUUGCUGAAGCUUGUUCAGUAUUGAAGAGGGUUGGUUCCCACAUGUAUCCUGGAGAUGGAGCUGUUUUACCUUUAGAUACUUUAUGUCUUCACCUUGAGAAGGCCGCUCUGGAGAGACUGGAAUCAGGGGUUGAAUCUGUUGGAGAUGAAGAUGUAGCAAGAGCUCUUCUUGCUGCUUGCAAGGGUGCAACCGAACCUGUCCUGAAUGCAUAUGAUCAGUUGUUGUCAAAUGGAGCUAUUUUGCCAUCUCCCAACCUUAGGUUACGCCUUCUCAGAUCAGUGCUAGUGGUACUCCGAGAAUGGGCUAUGUCUGUAUUUGCACAGCGGAUGGGUACUACGACAAGUGGAGCUUCCCUAAUAUUAGGUGGAACAUUCUCACAGGAGCAAACAACAGUCAUUAAUCAGGGAAUUCGUGAUAAGAUCACAAGUGCUGCAAACAGGUACAUGACAGAAGUGAGGAGGUUGCCGCUUCCCCAGAGCAAAACUGAGGCUGUUUACCGAGGAUUUCGAGAACUUGAAGAGUCUCUGAUAAGUCCUUUUUCUUAUGAUCGAUUCUAAUUCUUUUAUGUUCCGUGGUGUUGUAUGAAAUGUUUCUUUUCACAAAUAAGAAGUCAAUAGUUUCAGUAUCUGUCAUGUAACAUUAUGCUUUGAAUUUUUUACCGUUCUUGUAAAAUUAACCCUUGUUUUAUAGAGAAGCAUUGGCAGAAUCCAAAUUCUGAUGCCAAGGUGCUCAUGAAAUCUUGGGUGAUUUGAUUCCUUCUCAUCUCUUAGUGAGACACACACAGUGGUCAUGUUCAACUUAGAGCGGUGAAAGGAGUGAUGAUGAAAAAUAGAAGACCUUAAAAUGACAUGAGGUGAAGUAGCAUUAAAAGAUUUAUGGUUUUUAAAUAUUGAUGUAGAAUUAGUUUCAAAUAUUAUUGAAUGAUAAAAAAAGAUUCAUAUAA